AUGGCGACGAUAUUGCAUUUACGGGCAGAGUCCAAGCCCCUCGAGCAUAGAUCUGCAUUGACUCCUACGACGACCAAGGCCUUGUUAGAUGCAGGAUACAAAGUGAACGUUGAAAGAAGCUCGGAAAGAAUAUUCGACGACUCCGAAUUCGAGGCUGUAGGCGCCACACUUGUUCCUGAGGGUUCAUGGGUGGAUGUCCCAGCAGACCAUGUCAUUAUCGGACUGAAGGAGUUGCCGGAGGAUACCUUCCCUCUUAAACACACGCAUGUCCAAUUUGCGCACUGCUACAAGGGCCAAGGUGGAUGGCAGGAAGUUCUUUCCCGGUUUCCGCGAGGCGGCGGCACCCUGCUCGACCUGGAGUUUCUCACCGAUGAUUCUGGACGGCGUGUUGCAGCUUUUGGAUACCAUGCAGGCUAUGCUGGUGCUGCUCUUGCUGUCGCGGCAUGGGCGCAUCAACUCAAGAAUCCAUCGGCAAAGCAAUUGCCCGCGGUGUCCAGCUAUGCCAACCAAGAUCUCCUGCUCGAAGAUGUCCGGUCGCAGAUCGCGCAGGGCGAAAAGAUCGCAGGGCGCAAGCCUACCGUCCUUGUCAUUGGUGCGCUCGGCCGUUGUGGCAGAGGUGCUGUCGAUCUGUGCAAGCAAGCCGGCAUCCCAGAUGAGCAAAUCGUGAAGUGGGAUAUGGCCGAGACGGCCAAAGGGGGGCCGUUCAGCGAGAUUGUUGAGUCCGACAUCUUUGUCAACUGCAUUUACCUUUCCGAGCCGAUCCCGCCAUUCAUUAACAAAGCAUCGCUCUCCUCGCCCAAGCGCAAGCUCUCUGUCGUCUGCGACGUCUCAUGCGAUACCACCAACCCGCACAACCCUGUCCCCGUAUACACAGAGAACAGCACCUUCGCAAACCCGACAUUGCCAGUGCCAGGGUAUGACAACCCUCCUCUUUCUGUCAUCUCGAUCGAUCAUUUGCCCAGCCUGCUCCCCAGAGAGGCAAGCGAAGCGUUUAGCCAGGCUCUUUUGCCUAGUCUCUUGUCUCUCAAGGACCGUAAGACAACGAGGGUGUGGCAACAGGCUGAGGAACUGUUCAACAGCAAGGUUGCGACGCUGCCCGAACAGCUCAGGCAAAAGGAUACCUGA